AUGAAGCUCCAGCUGCCCAACCCGGAUCUGGAGGACCGGAUUCUGUCCCAUGCUGAGCUGGAGAAGUUGGAGCUGGAGGAGGUGGGAGACAGGCCCAAAUGGGACAGCAAGACCCAGUACAUGCUGACGUGCGUGGGCUUCUGCGUGGGCCUGGGAAACGUCUGGCGCUUUCCCUACCUGUGCCAGAGUCACGGAGGAGGUGCAUUCAUGAUCCCGUUUCUCAUCCUGCUGGUGCUUGAGGGCAUCCCAUUGUUACACCUGGAGUUUGCCAUCGGUCAGCGUCUAAGGAAGGGCAGUCUCGGGGUGUGGAAGACAGUCCACCCCUACCUGAUGGGAGUGGGCAUUGCAUCCAUGCUUGUGUCCUUCAUGAUCAGCCUGUAUUACAACACCAUCAUUGCCUGGGUGAUGUGGUACUUCUUCAAUUCAUUCCAAGAGCCUCUACCAUGGAGCCAAUGUCCCCUCAAUGCAAACAACACAGCUCUGGAGCCGGAGUGUGCGAGAAGCUCCCCGGUUGAUUACUUCUGGUACCGGGAGACGCUCAACACCUCCGAUGGGAUCGAUGUAUCAGGAGGUCUGCAGUGGUGGAUGGUGCUGUGCCUUGUGUCAGCCUGGGGUGUUCUCUACAUCUGCUGCAUCCGUGGCAUUGAGACCACUGGGAAGGCUGUGUACGUCACCUCCACUCUUCCGUAUGUGGUCCUCACCAUCUUCCUGAUACGAGGACUGACUCUUGAAGGGUCUGUGGACGGGAUUAAGUUCCUUUUCACCCCAGACAUUAACGAGCUGGCUAACCCGUCCACCUGGCUGGACGCUGGUGCCCAGGUCUUCUACUCCUUCUCCUUGGCCUUCGGUGGCCUCAUCUCCUUCUCCAGCUACAACUCUGUGUUUAAUAACUGUGAACAGGAUGCAGUUAUCAUCUCUAUCAUAAAUGGCUUUACGUCUGUUUAUGCGGCGACAGUUAUCUACACCAUCAUUGGCUUCCGUGCUAAAGAGAGAUUUAACGACUGUCUGAGUGGGAACAUCCUAGCGCUGAUAAAUACGUUCGAACUUCCUGAGGGAAACAUCAUCGAGAGCAACUAUACUGAGGCUGUACUGAGUCUUAACAGCACACAUCCAGAACUUAUUGGCAAGCUGAACCUGAAGACCUGUCAUCUGAACACAUUUCUAAGUGAGGGGGUUGAAGGAACUGGUUUGGCCUUCAUUGUGUUCACAGAGGCCAUUACCAAAAUGCCUGUGUCACCACUCUGGUCUAUCCUCUUUUUUGUCAUGCUCUUCUGCCUUGGACUCUCAUCUAUGUUUGGCAACAUUGAAGGGGUGUUGGUACCCCUUCAGGACCUCAAGGUUUUCCCCAAGAAGUGGCCAAAAGAAGUCAUCUCAGGAGUGACUUGCCUUGUCUGCUGCCUCAUUGGACUAAUAUUUGUCCAGCAGUCAGGUAACUACUGGCUGGCCCUCUUUGACGGUUAUGCAGGAUCCAUCCCUCUGCUGGUCAUAGCCUUCUGUGAGACAGUGGGCGUGGUGUACAUCUAUGGGAUAGACCGGUUCAAUGACGAUAUAACGUUCAUGAUUGGCCACAAGCCCAACAUAUUCUGGCAGGCCACAUGGCGAGUGAUUAGCCCCCUGAUCAUGCUGACCAUCUUCCUCUUCUAUUUCAUCACCAAAAUCAGCGAAGAGCUGUCGUACAUCACCUGGAACCCUGAAUAUGUGGAUUUCCCUACUCUGGAGGACAAACCUUACCCAACAUGGGUCUCCGUCGUAAUCUUUGUCCUAGCUGGAACUCCGACCUUAGCCAUCCCUUUCACAGCGCUAUUUAAAUUCUUCCAGAACCGUUGUGGGAAAAAAGACACAGACACAAUGUCCCUUCCCAGCAUCUCCUCCAAAGUUGACAUGAAGUCAUAA